AUGGGUUGGGUCAGCGAGAGCCUGGAUUCCAUAAGAUCGCUCCAGAUCAGGCAUGUCCUGACGCAAGUUGUUAGUCUAGGUACGAAACCCUCAACCAUUUCGUUUUUGCCGGGUUCUAGAGAUUUAUUCUUUAUUUUGAUUUUCGGAAGCCUUCAGCUGAUUUUCCUGAAUUAUUAAUUGUCGAUAUGCCAGGAUCUCUCUCUUUUCUUUCUCUUUUAUACUGCGUAUGCCCGAAAAUUUGAAAGUGCAGACGGACGGUAUGUCAGUCUGCAGUGAGAUUUGUGGGUGUUAUCGAUGGAUUUAGUGUUUCUUAUUUUCUUAUUCUUUAUGCAUCCUGCAUCGAUGUUUUCUUCAACCUCUAUCCAUAAGAAUAUGCGUAAUUGGUGGCUGCUUGCGAUACUUGUUGUCGGUUUCCCUUCAUGCUCUUUUUAUUUCGUUACAAGGAAUUAAAAUAGAUUUUUUACGACAUCAUAAGGACGUUAGUGUCAAAAACUUGGCGGAGAAGAUAUAGAAAAAAAGUGCAGAAUAUUUCCCAUGGAGCUAUUGUCCGUGUGAACACGCUGACCAUGCCUUGUUGCUUGCCUUCACGUUGUUAUUUUGGAUAGAGAUAGUGUCAGGGUCUCUUACAAGAUAAAAAUAGGUUGUGAAGCUACUUUGGAGUUUACUUCAGCUUAACUUAUGGAACGUGUCUCCCAAAGCUUUCAGUCCAUUUGCACCGCCACAUCUCUAAAUAACUUACUCGAAUUUCUAUUUAUUGUUUAUCUCUCUCUAUCUCUCUAAAACUGAUGUUAACUAUACUCUAAAAUGGUCCUCAAGCUCUUUCUUUCUACAAGUUUUCUUUUCUUCUUGCGAAACCAUAGAGUGAUUACAUGCUUCAACAACAUCAAAUUCAUCACCGGGUAUUUUCUGUGCCAACUUUCCUCCUCGAUGCUAAAUAGUGGAAACAAUGGCAGAAUCAAGGAGAUUACGGUGGUCUCCUGAAGAAACUGCUUAAAUAUGAUGACUAAUAGUUUUUCUCUCUCAACCCCCCCCCACAUCUGUACUUCUGCUAGCACCUUUAGGCGUGUUUAACUUCACACUUUGGGAGCUCUUUUUUUCUGGGUUUGGCAGAAUAAGUUUGGUUGUAGAAUGUUUUGAGUUGUCCACGUAUCGAUGCACUUAUGUCAAUGAAAUAAUAUUUAUCUUGUUGUUAUUUCAGGCAUGAUUGUCACAUCCGCCUUGAUCAUAUGGAAAGGUUUGAUGUGUGUCACUGGCAGUGAAUCUCCUGUUGUGGUUGUUUUGUCUGGGAGUAUGGAGCCUGGCUUCAAGAGGGUGAGCAAUGAUUAAUACCUCGGCAAGGAUAUUGGUGUUUGUUCCGUUUAAUCAGGAAACGAAGCUUUUUUUCGAGUUGAUAACUUUUUUCUAUUUAAUUGAAUUUAAUUUGUUAAAUUCAAAAGGUUUUAAAUGCAUCUUCCAGUUUGAAUAGUAUUCUGAACUUCGUUUCCUUUUGUAAUAACACCGGCUGUACUUUUGACAAAACUUUCAGGGAGACAUCUUAUUUCUACACAUGAGUAAGGCUCCUAUUCGAGCCGGUGAAAUUGUUGUGUUUAACGUUGAUGUAAGGCUCUCUGCGCUCUCAAUUUAUGAUCUAGUGGACAUAUUUAAAUCUUAGUUUAGUAUUAUGUCUUAUUUUUUCAUCAUGAUUCAUUGAUUGAAUCCCAAGUGUGUUGUUAGAUCCUACCUUCCCAUCAGAGUCUGCAAAAUUGUGUAUUUGAUUGGAUUAGUGCAUGGUCAUGGGUUCGUUGAUGUAUGUAUACAUGCCAAACUUCUCGCUUUCAAUUGGAGCGAAAAUGUGCCAUUAAUUUAUUUAUACAUUUAACAUUGCCACUGAGUAAGAGGGAAUGUAAUACCUCUUUUUUACUUGUUUUAAACAAGUGAAUGAUGCAUUUUUCUUUGAAAGCUAAUCCUUUAUAUUUUCCAAACAAUGAUAAUGCAUUAUUUGGAUGAGUAAAUCAUUUCAUAAGUUAAGUUCAAAAACAUUGUUUGGGUUUGAUCUUUUUAUUGAUUGUGUCGUCAAUGUGAUAAGUAUCAUCAUUUUAUAUGAUUUUCUAGUAGAUGGUGAAUGUAGUUUUUCCAAGUCAUCAGUGUAAUUUUAAAUUAAUUUUAUUCGGAAUCAGGUAGCAUCGAAUAGCCACGACCUGCCGAACCUUCAUUUUAAAUUAAUUUUAUUCGGAAUCAGGUAGCAUCGAAUAGCCGCAACCUACAGAACCUUCCUUUGUUGAUGUAGUGCCAGUACUUGCGACAAACCUCAGAAGUUUCACUAGUAGGAUGUAAAGCCUCUUUGUGUUCUAGCUAUUUACAACUAUCUACGUUUCCACUUCCUUAAGGGAACUACAGUUCCUUUCAUCUCAUCCUCAUGUUCCACUCAACCAUACACCUUGUCACAUUUCUCAAUUAAUGCAAAAUUCUUUAAGAGAUGGGAAAUAUGGUCUGACACAAGUUUGAUCAAACUUUUUAAUUCGUUGAUUAUGCAUCUCUGAUGGCAUCUAACAGACACCAUGCCAUCGGCCAACUUCAACUUAAAUUUCUCUAACGUUCUCUGAUUUUUUAAUAUUCUUAUAUUGCCUCAUAAAGUCUGUGUAUUCCUGUUGAUUUUGAUCUAGCCCCUAUCCUGCAUAUUCUAGUCUUUUCAAUUUAACUUCCUGCACUGCAGCCUGAUCUUUUCCUUUUGUGCUGCUCUGAAGGAGUUUUAUUUUCCUGUUGAAGCUUUUUAUGGACUUCUUUUGCCUUUCAAAAGAAACCUCAAGUAACUUUCCAAACAAUCAUAUUUUCUUUUCUCUUUCAUGAUUAAUCGAUGGUUGAAACAUGGCCAGAAUUUUAACAGCCUCAUUCAGUUGGACAGGGUUCAAGGCUCACUUGAGGCUCUUAGAGGCUAAAGUGAUCUGCAUAUGUUUUUUUGUAAUUUCGGUUUAUUAGGGGUUGCAGAAUAUAUAGUUUGGAUUGGAUGGGACUGACAAAGGAUGGUUUUCUCAUUACGAUGAGAUGCUUUGGGCUUGCUUCUAAAGGAAUCUCUGAUCUUUUUUUAAACUAACUUUAAUGGUUUUUUAAAAUUGAUGCUUGAAACUAUCCUGUAUCUAAUGUCCACGUCUCAAAUAUCCUGAUCCAUGUUGAUAGACGCUGCUCUUCCUCAUCUUUAUUGGGGAUGGGUUGUGGGAGUGUCACUAGCGACUGGACCAUGCAGCUUGUUUAGGGAAUUAGGUGACAUAAGUUGGCAGGAACCUCAGGCGAGUAAGUUCCUGAGAUUUUCUGAGAUUGAUCCUCGACUCUCGUACCACAUCUAUUGUUGUGCAUAUCGUGCACAGGCUAUUGCGAUCUGCAGUUCAUGGAUACAAAGUCAAAGUAUUGCUCGUUUUGUUUUAUACAUGAUAUGCUCUUAUAAUAAUCCCAUUUAUUAUUCUUCAGGUUUGAUUUUGUAUGCAUGAACUGCAGUCUUUUAGGUAGAGAUCUUUGUUCUUACUCAGGUUCAGUGGGACGUAGCCUUAGUCAGGCCUUUGCAUAUUUCUCAGAAGUAUUUCUUUCACCCCUUUGUCUGAUCAACUGAUGAAGAGAUUGUGUCAUGCUCAUAAUGAGAUUUAAUUGGUUUAAAUGCUAAAGCUGAAGGCCCCCAUUCAUAACUGAUAAAAAAUAGCGAUUCAUAAUGAUGGCAUUUGUUUGAUCUUUUCUUCUGUUUUUUGGCCUCAGGGACGCGAAAUUCCGAUAGUUCACCGAGUGAUUAAGGUAAUCUGUUAACCUCGCUUUUCUCUUUCUCCAAUGGAAGUAUUUCUAGGCUUUUAGUCCGCCUCAAACCCCCUUAAUCACUCCAUCUCUCCAUUUUGUUCCCCUUGUAUUUAUUUUCAGUUGUUUAUCUGGCUUAUUCGGUGGAAUCCAUUAUACUGCAGUUGUGUGACUAUGACCUUUUGGGUAGACAUGAAAUGGCUUCCCAUUUGACUAAUGAGAAAAAAGUUUAUUUAUUUAUUUAUUUAUUUAUUUUUAAAACCUUGUCCUGUUCCUUCUCGAUGAAUAAAAGGCAAAGCCAUUACCGGAAGUGAAUUAGAAUUGUAAUAGGAUGUGUUCAAUUCAGUUUUUUUUUUUUUUUUUUUUGAGAACCAUUUGAUCUUUUGAGUUAAAUGGUUCUGGAAAAAGCUUGCACAGAUUUUUCUCUACUGCGGACCGAUUAUUUUAUUAUUUCUUUGAAUUUUAAAAUGGUUUAUUCAAUUGCAUACUAACUUAAUAUGAAUGAGCCAUCAUUUAUUUCACCUCAUAAACCAUGAGCGCUCAGAGUCUCUGCAAGCCUUGGAAAGCCAUUUAUAUCCUUAUUCCCUGUUUUGUUUCUCCAAAAUGAUGUCUCUAGUGUAGUUGUCAUAAAUAUAUAUUUAUAAGAGGUUGAAAAGCUUACCCUGCUGUGAUCUUAAUGGGUGACGCAGGUUCAUGAGCGUAAAGACACAAAGGAGGUCGAUGUUCUUACAAAGGGUAGUGCACCUCUGGAAUUAUUACCCUUUAUUUCCCUUUAUUUAUUUAUUGGAAAACCGUAAAUGGGUGCCAUCGAUGAAUUAUUCUUUUGAACGUUGACCAAAUAUAUAUGAAUGAGGCUACAUAAAAAAAACACAUGCCUCCUGUUCUGCAGUAGUGAAGAUAAUCUUUUUUCUUUUCUUUUCUUUUUUGGUGAAAAAUUACAGGAGACAACAACUUUGGGGAUGACAGGCUUCUAUACGCUCAUGGGCAGCUCUGGCUUCAGCAGCAUCAUAUAAUGGGGAGAGCCGUAGGGUGAGCAUUGAUUAUUAUUAUUAUUAUUAUUACUAUGAUUACUUGUAUUAAUAUUCAUCCCUGAAUGCACUGGAGACAUCUUUCUGCAGGUUCCUGCCGUAUGUUGGAUGGGUCACCAUCAUAAUGACGGAGAAACCAUUUAUCAAGGUCAGUACGCCAUGGGAACCCUGGUAAUCGUCUCCUGUGAAGGAUUUGUGCACUGAGGAAUGUGUAUUUACUCUGUUUUGCGUAUUUAUUUGCAGUACAUACUCAUUGGGGCUCUCGGUCUACUGGUUAUUACUUCCAAGGAGUAG